AUGUAUCGAGUGCAGAAGGUCGAGAUCGACUCCUUUUCUGGUUUCCGUAUCUACCCCUCAAAGGGUAAACUUUUCGUUCGUGGGGACAGUAAAGUCUUCCGUUUCGCCAGCUCAAAAAAUGCAUCUCUCUUCUUGCAGAGGAAGAAUCCACGUAAGAUCGCCUGGACUCAGGUGUACAGGCGCAUGCACAAGAAGGGUAUCACGGAGGAAGUUGCUAAGAAGCGUUCACGCCGGACUGUAAAGCACCAGCGAGGCAUUGUCGGUGCCGACCUUGCUACCAUUGCUGCCAGACGUAACCAGACUGCUGCUGUCCGUUCUCAGGCAAGACUAGCUGCCAUCACUAAAGCCAAAACUGAGAAAAAGGAGAAGGAGAACAAGAAAGCCAAACCUGCUUCGCGCCCAAGUGGUGCAUCUGGACCAAAGGUAUCCAAACAACAGAUGAAGGGUGGAAAGGGUGGACGAUAA